AGAAGAACAUGUUGUAUGUAACAUAAGUUAUAAGUCAUAAUUGUAAAUUUGUUGUAUUGUUCAAUAGUAUUGGAAUAUUCUUAUAAUUAUUCCUUUAUUUAAAUUUGGCAUUCCUAAAAAAAGCAUAUUCUACCGUAUUUAGCAUAUACCAACUAAAUCCAUCAUAGCCACAGCCACUAGUUUUCAUUUGUUGUUACUUUGUUUGUGAAACAGAUAUUCCAUUAACCCAUCACCAUUUCUCUUUCAUUUCUGACAUAAUUCACCCAAUUGCAAAAAUUCCUGACACCCACAAAAAAAACAUAUGAAUAUAUUAAUUAUAUCAUUCAAAUCUCAUCUCAUAAAUUUUAAAGGUAAUACAAAUGUUUCAAAAAUCGGGUCAGUGUGUCAUUUGUUGAUUUGAUCUUCAGUUGCAUUGUAACUAUGGAGACACACCAAACAAUCUUGAAUCAAGUGCUAUCAACAUCAACUAGAGCAAUGGCAAGUUUCAGUGAAAAAUCCAUGAAUGUGUACAUUCUCUUCACAAUUAUCUUUGGAUUAGGAUUUCUUCAUGCAACUGCAGAAUUGCAAAAAUUUACACACACACCAAAAGCUGAUGGUUCUCUUAGUUUCUUGGUUGUUGGUGAUUGGGGAAGGAGAGGUGAAUACAAUCAAUCUGAUGUUGCCUUACAGAUGGGGGAUGUUGGAGAGAAGCUUGACAUUGAUUUUGUAAUUUCAACUGGUGACAAUUUCUAUGAUGAUGGCUUAACUAGUGAACAUGAUCCUAAUUUUGAGGAUUCAUUCACCAAAAUCUACACUGCAAAAAGUCUACAAAAGCGGUGGUACAGUGUGCUGGGAAACCAUGACUAUAGGGGUGAUGUAGAGGCUCAAUUGAGUCCAUUUCUUAGAAUAAUUGAUAAGAGAUGGAUUUGUUUAAGGUCUUUUAUUGUAGAUUCAGAGCUGGCUGAGAUUUUCUUUGUUGACACAACACCUUUUGUUAGAGAUUACUUUACUGUUUCAGAAGGACACACUUAUGAUUGGAGGGAAGUUUAUCCACCAAAGACUUAUAUUAGUGCUAUGCUAAAGGAUCUUGAUAUUGCAUUAAGGCAAUCAACAGCAAAAUGGAAGUUUGUUGUUGGUCACCAUGCAAUUAGAAGUAUUGGUCAUCAUGGUGAUACUCCAGAACUCAAAAGCCAUCUCCUACCAAUUCUUCAGGCAAAUAAUGUUGAUUUUUACGUGAAUGGACAUGAUCACUGUCUUGAACAUAUCAGUGACAAAGCCAGUCCAAUUCAAUUCCUGGUUAGUGGGGCAGGAUCAAAGGCAUGGAGAGGAGAUGUUCAACAAAUAAAUGGAAAUGAUGUACAUUUUUUCUAUGAUGGACAAGGUUUCAUGUCCGUUCAAUUGACUCAGACAGAAGCAGACAUUGUUUUCUAUGAUGUUCAUGGACAUGUUCUGCACAAAACCAAUUCAUCAAAAAAGGAGCUACAUUCUUCCAUUUAAAGUUUAGAACAAGUAUGAAAUAGAGAGAAAAUGAGUGUAACUAACAAGGUUUUGGGGACUUGCUGGAUUGGUUUUCAAAUUCAAGUCACCAAUUCUUGAAUGUAUUACUUGAAGUUGUAGAAAUAAUUUUAUAUUUUUUUUUUGACAAGUUGUCUGCGCCAAAUGGCUACACUCACACACCUUAAGUGUGGAGAAGUGAGAAAUUCUAGAUUCGAAUUUAGGUCCAUUGCAUAUCAACGUCCUCACAGCUACCAACUAAGCUGUAAUUACAGGACAUAUAGGUAUAUUUUUAUUGUUUACGAUUUUCCUAAUUUUAAAUCUUGAAUUUCUAUUCUGGUGUAUUUAAUUUUGUAAUCGUUGAAUUUAUGACUUUUAAUAGAAGUUCAUAUGUUUUAUUA